UUCUAGUCGUUAAUUUACCAACAACAUCAUCGUCAACAUUAUUGUUAUUAUUAUCACCACCAUUGUUAUGCGUGAUUAAAGCCAACCAACAACUUUAAAUCUCCAUUAUGAAAUUCACUUCAUUUGCAUAUUUCAAUAAGGUUUUCAUGGGUCUUGAUUUUGUCCCAUUAGAAAAUGAGCAACCAGUUCGUGGUGGAUUCUACAGAAGUUCACAGAUUUUUAUCCCACUCGCUAAAUUUAUGAAUGUUCCAUUAGAUCAAAUUAACUAUGUUGUUAGUGGAGUGAUUAGCAUCGGUCUGGGUCAAUUAAUGCGACGCCGGUUAUCACCUCAGAAAUGCUCUCCACGAAUUCGUGCAGUUUUUGAAACCUUAUUUGGUCUGUUGUUAUUAUCAUUUUGCUUUGGUAAUCAAUUGCGUUUAUUAUUGAUACAAUCAAGUAUUGCUUAUCUAUUCAUGAUGUGUCUACCUAGUAAUCAUUUUAUGGCUGUAUUAGUGACAAUUUGGUCGUUAUUUUAUCUUACAUUAGUACAUAUUUGUCGAUUAAAAUAUGAUUAUGGGGGAUAUACACUGGAUAUUUCUGGACCAGUAAUGGUACAAACUCAACGUUUAUCUAGUUUAGCGUUUAAUCUUGUCGAUGGUGUAUCAAUGCGUAAAAUGUCUGGUCCAAAUCAUUGUAAAUCACAACAAACUAAUUGUUCCACCAAUGAAAUAAUCAAUCGUGAUGAAACUGUGGAACAAUUCCCACCUUGUUGCAAACGGAACACAUUCACUGAACUUGAUACAACAACAAUGAUAAUGACUUCGAAAUUGAAGUCAAACACUGUUCAUUAUCAUGCGCCAAAUCAUUGUAAAUCAAUGCAACGUGCUACUGCUAUUGCGUCGGAUAGUCAUUCUGUCAUGAUGAAUAUCCCUACAAGUCAUAAAUUACAUGCUGUUGAAAAAAUUCCAGAUCCGAUCAUAUUUUUUGCAUACAUGCUUUAUUUUCAUGGUGUAUUUGUUGGACCUUUCACGUUUUUUUUCUGAAUAUAUGGAUUAUCUUAAAGGUUACACGAGCAGAGAAUUACCUCCAAUCAAUAUGCGUUAUUUAAUCACUUUAUUUCUACGUACAGUAGCUUCGGGCCUAUCAGCUGCCUAUUUAUGUCCUUAUUUCCCGUUUGAAUUUGUUUUAACUGAGCCGUUUACAAAUUACUCCAUGUUGCAUCGUAUUUUAUACGUAACCAUUUCUCUAUUCUUAAUUCGACAAAAAUACUACUUUGCAUGGGGUUUAGCUGAAGUCAACGGAGUGGCUGUUGGUGCUGGUUAUACUGGCCAGUGUCCACGCACAGGUGCUACAUUAAAUCAUAACAUUCGCAAUUUUGAUUUCAUUAAAGUUGAAACUGGUAUUAGUUUAAAACAUGUUAUCGAUGCAUGGAAUAUCUCAACUACACGAUGGUUACGUGAAACAUUUUAUGAUCGUCUUCCAUCAGCUUAUCGUACAAUCCUUGUCUUUAUUAUAAGCGCUUUUUGGCAUGGCUUUUAUCCUGGCUAUUAUAUUAUGUUUUUAUCGUUUGCCUUAUUCACUAUGACCUCACGUCUAUGGCAUCGUCAUUGUCGUCAAUAUUUCCGUAGAAAUUAUCUCUCCAGUCAACUCUAUAGUGUAUUUACCAUGAUCAUUACUAAUUUAAUUGUAAAUUAUGGUCAAGCAGCAUUUCACCUAUUAGAUUUCUAUUCAUCAUUGAAAUUUUUACGUACAUUCUAUUUUAUACCGCAUCUAAUUGCUGUCGGUAUUUUGUUUAUCUAUUUUUCCAAAGUAUGCAUUAUAAAAUUAUCACUUAAGUAUCAGCUUGAUAUUAAGAGGUUUGAUUAUGAUAAAAGUAAUGAUGAUAAAAGUCGAAAAUUAUCAAUUUCUUCAAAUCAUGAUCGCGGUAUUGGUGGCCAUUAAUUACUAAAGGACAACGAUCACCACUACCUUCAUUACCCCGUUCGCCUCCUGCUUAUGUUCAUCAGUUAACACUUGCUUGCUUAUAAUGUCU